AUGGCGAUUGAAGGUGAUCAAGUCAAUGCCUCUACCACUCCAACUCGUACUGCUACAGCUACGACCUCAGAGAAUGGCAAUUUUGUGGCCAGCUCCUCAUUUCCUGCUGUCGAUCACAACCAUCCUCUGUACCUACAGCCUAAUGACACACCAGGUAGUUCUCUGAUCUCUCUUCAGCUUACUGGAUCUGAUAACUACGCCUUGUGGAGUCGUGCAAUGCGAAUUGGCUUAUUAGGUAAAGGCAAGUUAGGUUUUGUUGAUGGUAGGUUUCUUAAGUCUAGGUUUGAACCUGAACUUCAUAAUUUGUGGGAGAAAGUGAAUGCUAUCGUUUUGUCAUGGAUAAUGAAUGCUGUGAGACCAGGUUUAUUGAGUAGUGUCUUAUAUGCAUCUAAUGCUCAUAAAGUGUGGGAAGAUCUAAAGGAGAGAUUUGACAAAGUUAACGGGUCCAGAAUUCUGUACCUACAUAGAGAAGUUCACACCUUAGUUCAGGGAGUUAUGAUUGACUAUUUCUCAAAACUAAGAGAACUUUAG